AUGCCUGUUGGCCGGAAGUACAGAUCGGUCAAGAUUGGUCCUGUGACACUGCCUCACUACGCCAGCCCUGCCACACAACUGGUGAUCGUCGCUUUUGUCUGUUUCCUAUGCCCUGGCAUGUUCAACGCCCUGUCUGGUAUGGGUGGAGGUGGCCAAGUCUCAGCCAAAGCAGCAGAUGAGGCCAACAUUGCUCUUUAUGCUUGCUUCUCUGUUAUUGGUUUCUUUGCUGGUAGCAUUGUAAACCUUGUUGGUAUCCGAUGGUCUCUGUCAUUCGGUGGCUUGGGCUACUGUAUCUACGUGGCUUCGUUCCUUUGUUACAGCCACACACAAAACACAGGCUUCAACAUCUUUGCAGGUGCUCUGCUGGGUUGCUGUGCUGGUAUGCUGUGGUCUGCUCAGGGUGCUAUUAUGAUGUCCUACCCUGCCGAGAACUCCAAAGGCCGCUACAUCUCUUGGUUCUGGAUGAUCUUCAAUCUUGGUGCUGUCAUAGGAAGUCUGAUCCCUCUUGGUGAGAACAUCAACUCUACUAGCAGCGGUACUGUCUCCGAUGGAACUUAUGUCGGCUUCAUUGUCUUGACAGCUUGUGGUGCUGGGUUGGCCUGGUUCUUGGUCGAUGCGAAGUCUGUCGUGCGUAACGAUGGAUCUCGUAUCAUCCUUAUGAAAAAUCCCACCUGGAAGACCGAGCUGUUGGGACUGUGGGAGACGAUCAGAAGCGAUCCUUAUAUCAUCUGUCUAUUCCCCAUGUUCUUCGCAUCCAACUGGUUCUACACUUACCAGUUCAACGGUGUCAAUCUGGCAUACUUCAACACCAGAACCAGAGCCCUGAACAACACCCUGUAUUGGACCGCUCAAAUUGUGGGAGCUUUCGUUUUCGGCUUCUGCCUCGACUAUUCCAAGAUUCGCAGAUCCGUUAGAGCAAAGAUCGCUUGGGUGGCCAUCCUCAUCCUAACACUCGCCGUGUUUGGCGGUGGUUAUGCUUUCCAAACACGAUAUACCCGCGAGUCUGUGUCCAAGGAUUCAGGAUUCGUCUCCAAGGAUUGGAGUGACUCCGGUUACGUUGGCCCAAUGUUCCUCUACAUCUUCUACGGCUUCUACGAUGCUGCAUGGCAGACUUGUGUAUACUGGUUCAUGGGCUCAUUGACCAACAACGGUCGCAAGCUCACCAACUUUGCCGGGUUCUACAAGGGUAUUCAGUCCGCCGGAGCUGCAGUCAUCUGGCGUCUGGACUCUCAGAGUCUUCCAUACAUGAGCGAGUUUGCAUCAAGUUGGGCACUCCUGUUGGGCGCUCUUGUUUGUGCUCUACCCGUCUUGCUUAUCAGAGUCAAGGACCAUGUUAGUGUUGAGGAAGACGUCAAAUUCUCCGAUGAGACGGUCGAAGAGAUUAUCGGCACAGCCGACGGCAAGCCCAUUCAUGAUGCCGAGAAGGUUUGA